ACCAGACACCCAAGUCUGGAAGAGAUUUAAGUAGUAGAGAAGCAGGAGAGCGGAAGACUGAGCUCACUGAGAAAGAAACACUGAGCAACAUGAGAGUUAUUGACUCCAAAAGGAGUCUCCUUUGGCUCUUUUUCCUUUCUUGCUUGCUAUUAUCAUGUCGGACAGCUCAAGCUCAAGACUGCAGCCCCAUCGCUCCUUGUGCCACUGGCUGUUGCAAUAAAGGCGGUUAUUGUGGCGUUGGAGAUGACUACUGCGGAGUCGAUUGUGUUGCCAACUGCGAUUACGAACCGGAGUGCUCUGUUUCGAAACCCUGCGCCAAAGGGUGCUGUAACAAAUUUGGAUUUUGCGGCUUAGGACCCGACUUCUGUGCAAAUGAAAUUUGUGUCGCAAACUGUGAAAGGAAGUCUGAAUGUGACCCUGGAGACUAUGGUGAUUAUGCAGAGGCCAAGAAAUGUCCGUUGAAUGUCUGCUGCUCCAAAUUCGGGUUCUGUGGGGUCACUAAAGAAUUUUGUGGUAACAAGAAUGUCGAUCGUCCUUCUUGCUCAAAGACCCAGGAAUUGAGCCGAGUUGUUGGCUACUAUGAAGGAUGGAGCGUUCAACGUCCCUGCCAUAUCUUCUAUCCUGACCAGAUCCCGCUCGGAGUCUAUACACAUCUCAACUAUGCCUUUGCUUCAGUUGACCCUGAAACCUUCGAGGUUCUAGCUCCUAGCGAGUAUGAGAAGACCCUUAUGAAGAGAUUGACCAACCUCAAAAGCUCUGACCCCGAUCUCAAGGUUUUCAUUGCCAUUGGAGGGUGGACCUUCAAUGAUCCCGGAGCAACUCGAACAGUCUUCUCCGACAUUGCACGCUCGGUGACUAAUCAGAGGAAAUUCUUCAACUCAUUGAAGACAUUCCUGACGGAAUAUGACUUUGAUGGCAUUGAUCUAGAUUGGGAGUAUCCAGUCGCGGAUGACCGUGGCGGACGCCAAGAGGACUUUGAAAAUUUCCCCAAGUUCCUCAACAAUCUCAAGAAUGCGCUCAGUGAUACUGGCCGAAAUGGAAUCAGUAUGACUCUGCCUGCAUCAUACUGGUAUCUCCAACACUUUGACCUUGAAAAUCUGGCCAAACACGUGGACUUUUUGAACAUCAUGUCCUACGACCUCCACGGGAAAUGGGAUUUGGGGAAUGAGUGGCUUGAUCCCGUUCUGAACUCCCAUACUAAUUUGACGGAGAUCACCAAUGCUCUUGAUCUCAUCUGGCGCAACAACGUCCCGUCUGACAAAGUCGUUCUCGGACUGGCCUUCUACGGCCGCGUGUUCUCGGCUACAGACCCUGCUUGCAUGAAUCCUGGAUGUCCCUUUGUAUCUGGCGGAAACCCCGGGGUGUGUAGUGACGAAGUUGGCAUCAUGCUAAACUCGGAAAUCAUGGAUAUCAUGGACGAGCAACAGCUUUCCUCCGCGUUUGACAAGGAAGCCGCUGUCAACAUCCUCAAAUUCAACACGAAUCAAUGGCUGACGUAUGACAAUGGAGAUACCUUUAAGCUGAAGACUGAUUUCGCGCGCUCCGAAUGUCUCGGUGGUGUUAUGGUCUGGGCAGUCUCCCAUGAUCUUCCAUUUGGAAAUUUCUCACGUGUGCUAGGGGAAAUCAUCGGGCGAAAAGUCACAUCGCUGCAAUUUGACAAGCAAAGUGAUUCGCUUGAAGUCACAAAGACCCAUCUCCAAUGCAAAUGGACCAACUGCUUUGAGGAUUGCCCGAAGGGAUGGUCGCGUAUCGAUCGGACGGACCCUGGGGCUCGGACUGAUGAGAAAAUGUGGGAUUCAACAGGCUGCGGUGGGAGUGGCUCUCAUACGUUCUGCUGUCCUCCAGACUCUGAGCUGCCCACGUGUGGCUGGUAUACCCAUAACAAUGGAAACUGUGACUCGCAAUGCCCAUCAGGGUAUGUGGAAGUUGGGUCAAAUUUCCAAUAUUGCAGUAACAACAAGAAUGAUUAUCAGGCGGCCUGUUGUACCACGGACACGGACAGCAUGAAGCUGUACUCGCAAUGUAGCUGGGCAGGCAAGGCACCAGAUUGUGACAAGGGCGAGUGUAAGAGCGGCCAGACCAAUUUGUUGAAUUCAACCACGGGCAGCGGUGGCAAUUACUGCUACGCGAAAAAGGUCAAAUAUACCUUGACUGGCAAUGAGGGCACUGAAUGGCAGGAGCGGAAAUACUGCUGUGACGACGACGACAACAAUAAAUGGGACGAUUGCGAAUGGAGGACUGAUGUCGGUUUCGCAGCUGCCGACGGUGUGGUGGAGGGUUACUGCCACAGCGGUUGUCCCAAUGACCGAGUACGUGUCGCGAUGGACCAACACGGAGGUGGCUGUAAAGGCGAUGGUGGAAGAUCCAAGUGCUGCCUGCCCAAAUUCAUCACGAAAAGCAAGCGAUCCUACACCGACGCAGAAAGUGCAUUGGAAAAGAACGUGAAGGCAUUCAUGGCGGACCCAGACUGCGGUCUCGAUGCUUAUCAAUUCAAACGCGACUUGGAAAGCAUUAAGUUCGUGGGCCUCUCUUCCGAACUUUUUAAUCACUCGUCGUCGCUUCAGCGCCGCUUUGACACCAAACCGUAUGAUGCGAUGCAUCAACUGAUACUGGAUAUCGCUUUCACCUACGUCGCAACCGCGGCGGCCCGGGAGAUUUGGAACGACUACGUGGUCCCCGCGUUCCCCAAUUUCAAAAUUGAAACUCUCCGCAAGCGGCUGAAUAAAGAUCUUGAAUGGAGACGGCAGGGUUCGGAAAUCUAUGCUGAUAUGAUGAUUUGCAACAUGGCGAUAUUCAACGCCAAGCUGGAGGGCAAAGGUUCCAUCAGCUGCGCCUGCGAACGGACAAGUUGCUGUACCUCUGACGAUCCUGGCCUCUGUGCUGGAGAGGAUCUUGAUGGGCCCGAGGUAGAAGAUCUUACGACAAGAAGCUUGGUUAAGAGAGCAGGCCCGCGACCCUUCUCCUUAACACUGAGUAAUGCUGUGACUGUUGAGUGGCGCUCUUUGCGUUAUCCAAGCAGAGGUGAUUGGAACAUAAACCAUCCUAUCUGGACCGAGGCAUUUGGAUAUGAAGACGAUGACGAUUGCCUGGAUGUAGAUAUUGGGACUGUAAUGGUCACCGUCCCAAGCGACAGGAAUGAGUAUGAUGUGGAACAUGUUGUCGAGUUGAAUACUAUUCGAGAUUUCUUUGGAGACGCUCUCGAGGGAGUUUUACCCUCUAGGUCUGACCCAAGAAACCUCCCACUCGAUAAUGAUUACUUUCAGGCGCUUAGUACCCCAAUGCUACUCAAUGCGCCUCCAAUGGCAGGUGGCCGGGCAUCAUCAACUCCGUUUGUGAGAAUUAUGAAUGCUCUUGGAAGCAAUCGAAAUAACCAGGACUUCCUUGUUCUUAUUGCAGCCUUGAAUGGGGUGAAAUCUCGGAUGUGGCGUAAUGUCGCGUUCUACAAUGACAAUGACAUGAGGAAUUGGAUAGCGCUUGAUGACUAUCUACCGGCUUUGCAAAAUAUCCGAUCAGUCAUCUCCGUCAUCCAUUAUCUCAAUCACCCCAAAGUGCAUCCUCACUUGAUCAACACUAUAAACGAAGUGCGCACAGAGAUUGGUUUAGCCGAUCAAGAAUGGAUCUCACAGGGUCAUUAUAACCCUCGAGGCCAGGAUUGGUGGGAUCAAUGGAUCCGAGAUCAUCUCUUGAAUAUUGGGAGGCGGAGCAGAGACUGGGUCAGUAACUGGGUGACUAGGAUGAGGAAUAUAUGGGCUGUGAGAACAGGACAGGAUGCCGUAUAUGUUAUGGAGGUCUUGGCUAGGUAUAAGAGUCUUGCAUCAGAUAUGGACAUUGAUUUGCAAGGUGUGCGUAGGUGAUGUCAAUGUGGUGGUUGAGACUGGUGGUAUGCAAUUUGCCGGAACAAACUCUGUACCUGGCUAUUAAUUCUAUUACACUUAGAUCAGACUUAUAUAAAUAUUCAGAUAUGUAUCGGUUAAUACUGGGCCAGAAUAAAAUAGAAGAUAUGACGAGAU